AUGUUAUCAGCCUAGCAACUAGUGAUUAGUUUGGCAAUGAUAAUUCAUCGUAGAAUAUUGAUAAUUCCCCUAAGCAGUAAAUAUGCUUCUCCGUUUAAAUGGAAAUUAUGCUUGGAAGUAAAUCUUAAGAAGCUCUUUAAAUAAAAAUAGGAGAGAGAUAAUCUCAAAACAAUGAUAACAAAUAUGAAACUUGAUAAUUAAGAUUGUAAAAUCAAAGGAUUGAUAUAUUCGAAUAACCCAAAUGCGUCAAUAAGAAUAUAGAAUUUGACUGUAAAAAAUUUUGUCACAAAUGGAUAACUACUAAACUCAUAAGCUUUCAAUGCUAAAAUACUAAUCUAAAAUUCAUCAAUUAAUUGCUUUACUCCCCCAUUAAGCAAUGAGAAUAUUCUUGACUUUGAUGGCUCAGAUGAUUAUUAUCUGCCCUUGAUAUUUGUAUAAAAUUAAGUAGAUAUAUGGCUCAAUUCCAAUACGUUUUAAAAUUGCUAUUUAUUCUAGCAAGGCUCAUUAAUUACUGUUAUUGAAUCAACUCUCUCAGAUACAUUCUCAUCGUAUAUAAAUUGUAGCUCAAUGAUAGGAGGAGUCUAUAACAUAUAAGCUAGUAAUAUAAGUAUUCUUAAUUUGACUACAAAAAAUAUUGGCGCAAGCAUUGGUGGAUUAAUAUACUUGAAUUAGAGCUCAAAUCUUUCUAUCUCUGGUCUCUUUGCUUAUCAAGAGUUGUAAUCGAAAAAAUAGGGAGCAUUAAUUUACGCUGAAACCAACUAAGAGAUAUAAAUUUUCUCUAAAAUAAAAAUUGAAGGAUCCACAUUAAUCAAUAAUUUAGUAGUAAAAAAUGAUGGAGAAGGAGGAUUAAUUUAUGUUGAUGGUGAAAAAAUAAAUAUAGAAAUCAAUGGAUCAGGAUAGAUAGUAUUAGAAGACAACAUAUUCAAAUGCUCCCUCACAUCUAACUAUAAUGAAGAGAUCUUCAAUUUAGCUUACUUAAGUUAUGCAAACUAGGGAGGAGCCAUAUAUUGCGAAAAUUGCAAUAUUAGCCUAAUAAAAUCUACUUUUCAAGAUAGUUUAGCUAAUGAAGGUGGCGUUAUUUAUUCAAUAGGAUAAAAUUAAAUUUCAAUCACUAAUUCCUCCUUCAAUAACUCUAUAUCAUUUACAAAAGGAGGUUUUAUUGCACUUUAUUAAGAUUAAUCUGCUUUCAAACUUAAUAAGACUUUACUUAUCGAGAAUACUAUUUACAACAAGACAUUUUCAUAUGAUAACGGAGGUGGAAUAUAUUGUGAAAAUGCCCAUAUUAAUAUUUAAUUAAGGAACAUUAGUUAGUAUAAUAGUGCAUCUAUAAACGGAGAAGGAGGGUUUAUUCAUGCUAAAGCAUCCUCAAACAUAAUAAUAGUUGAUUCCCUUAUAUAAGAUUAUUUUAGUAGUAUCAAUGCUUCUGCCCUCUUAAGCUACAGCAAUAACAUUGAAAUCCUAAUAAAUGGUACUGUAUUUGAAUAAACACCAUAGUAUUUACAAUAAUUUGAUCAGGCCACAGAUGAAUACUUUUCAUAAUUUGGAGCUCUCAUGCUAUAAGAUUGCAAUAAGAUUAUUUUUAAAAAUAAUCAAUUUAGAAAUAACUUUAGAGCGAAAUUUGCAGGAGCAGUCUAUGUCUCGAAUUGCAGUUUUUUAGAUUUCGGUUCAGUUUACUUUAAUAAUUAAGCAGAAUAUGGAGGUGGAAUCUAUCUUUAAGGAACUUAAGAAAUUUACAUUGAUUCUGCUAUAUUUGAUGAAAAUCUUGCUAAAUUUAAGGGAGGUUCAAUCUCAAUAAACAAUUCAGUUGGAAAUGCCUUUUUAAAAAAUGUUUCUAUUGAAAAUUCUUAAUCUUAAGUCUCAGCUGGAUUAUCAUACGAAAUUCUCCGUAAUCUAGUAUUUGGAAAAAAUAUUCAGUAAAAGCUCACUAUUUAAGAUUCCUACUUUAACAAUCUAUCAUCUUCUUAUGCCUCUGCAAUGUAUUUAUCUAGCUGGAGCACCACUUUCAUUUUGAACAGCGUUUAAAUUUCAAAUUCAAAAUGCGAGGAUAAUGGACUGAUAUAAGUAGUUGAGGCUUAGAAUUAAGAAUAAGAACUUAGUUUGAGUAAGCUAAGAACAAGUUAAUUUGAAGAUGUAAUUUUAUCAGAGGACCCAGAAAAAGUUGAUGCUCUAGAUACCAGUGGAACAGGAGUAAUAAUUAUACUUACAAGACGAAGAAGAUUAGAAUAGGAAGAAAUUUAAGAAAUUAAAAAAAUAAAUCUGAACAGAGUAAUGAAAUUUAUUUCAGCAAAGUAGGUGAUGAUAAAUAGGAUGGUUUUUUAAAAUUGCAAUAUUCCUGAUGAAAACUAGGAAGUACCUUUAAUCUAAACAAUGAAGGAUACAUAAUUGUUCAUUGACACAAAUUCAAUAUAUCUUAACAACAAAGGCACUUACAAUGGAUUAUAUAACUUUUAAAAAUCAGAUGUUUACAUGAUAAAUAACACCUAUAUCAAUCUAACAUCUAUUCUGACCUCAAUGAUAAUAGGGACUGACAUUCAAAAGUUUUUUGUAGAUAAUUGCUAUUUCAAAAAUCAUACUUCAUUUGCAACGAAUGAUAACGGAGGUAUCUUUAAACUAAAAAAUACCACACUUUAAACAAGAUAAGGAAACACAACUAUUAGAAAUUUUGUUGAUGUGAGAGUAAUUAAAGCUGGGCAGAAAAUAAUAGGAGGAUCGUUAUUUGAGGGAUAUUAUGGAGAUUUUAGAAUCGAAAUAAGCUCAUUAGUUGGAUAUAGAAAAUCAUUUUUUAAACAUUUUCUCUCAGAUGGUGCUUCUCCAUUCGGAUAAUUUACUUAAGAUAGCAUAGCAAUUAUUAGAGAUUCUAUAAUUGAUUUAAAAUAUGAUGGAAAUAACUAUGAAGAGUAUAAGAAUUAAAUACCGUAUUUCUAUGGAGGUUUGAUUUCCAGUUAAAGUGGUUCAUUAUAAACAAUUAGAUGUUAGUUUAUAGGAUCUUCAUUGAAUGGUCCAUUUUUAUAUCUAGUUUACACUAACUAUCAAGAUGUAAAGUCAACGUUUAUAGAUUUCGUGAGUGAAUCCUAAUAUGAUGAAACUAGUGGUAUUAUAUAUUGCAAUUUCUGCUCAAUGAUCCUUGAUAAAACUAUUAUUAAAAACAAUAAAGUUGACUUUUCUGCUAUAAUUUAUUCUUACUUUGGUAUAGUAGUAUCAAUGAUGAAUAUGUUGAUAUAAAACAAUACUGGAGAUUAGGGCUCAAUCCUAAAAAUAACCAAUGUUAAUGAAUAAGAGAUGUCGAUUCCAAUGAUGAUAAUUAUAUUAAACUGUAAGAUCUACGACAACAAAGCUUAAUAAGGAGGAUUUAUUUAUUCAAAUGCUCAAUUAGGGGAUAUAAAUAUAAUAUUUUCUGAAUUCAAAAAUAACCAAGCAGCUCAUUUAGGAGGUAUAGCUUAUUUUGUUUAUGGAUUAAAUUUUACAAUGAUAAACUGCAAAAUUGAGGAUUCUUAUGCUUCCUAAGGUUCGAUUAUUUACAGUUAAGCUAUUGGAUUAAAUAUAACACUUAGCAUGUCUGAUAAUGAAGGUAACUUCUUGCUUAUGAAUGCAGAAUUGAUAAAAUUGGAAUACAAUAUCUUUGAGUAUUGUGGCUCCUAAUAGUAUGGAGGAGUUUUCAAUUUAUAGAACUCAACUUUGGUAGAUUCAGGAUCUAAAUUUAGAUAUAACUCUGCUAUUUUUGGUGGUGUUAUAUAUUCUUCUAACUCCUCAAUGAAUUUUUAUGGAACUCAAUUUUUGAAUAAUUUAGCAUACGAAGGAGGUGUUUUCUAAUUAACCACAUCCUCUACUUUGAUGCUCGAAAAUUGUGAUUCUAAUAUUGCAAAUGAAAAUUCUGUAUUGUAAGUAAUUGGUUCUAAUACAUUACUGAAUAUAUAAGGUGCUUUUGUUCAAUUAGCCUUUGAAGCGAAUUUGGAUAUUGUGAAUAGCAUUUUUAGAAAUGGUCAUUCAUAAGUUGGCGGAGCAUUAUUUAUUACUGGCAUGAGCUCUGUUAAGAUAUCUAAUUCUCAAUUUAUUAGUAAUAUUGCUUUUGAUAAAGGAGGUGCUAUUUAUGCAUAAAGUUUUGCGGAUAUUUAUAUUGGUAACUAAACAAGUUUUAUUAAUAACAAAGCUAUAUAAGAUGGAGGAGGGGAUCUCUAUCUAACAAACUCAGAUAACUAAGUGAUUUUAAGUUAAGUCUCUUUAACUAGUCCUAAUUCUCAAAACUCAAUACAUGUAUAAAACUCUAAGUUCAUGAAUUUGUAAGGUACAUAAGGAGGAGCAAUCUAUAUAGAGGAAGUAAAUCUCUACUAAUAGCAAAAUUCAGCUAAUACAAAUAUAUAGCGAUAUUCCAUACAAAAGAGCCUUUUUAUUAACUGUUCUGCAGUUUCAGGUGGUGCUAUUUUUACAAAUAAUUAAGAAAGUCUAGUCAUUCGAGAUUCCAUAUUUAAGAACAACAGUGCUAUUGCUAGUAUUGAAGAUAUUGAAUAAAUAAAAUAAGACAACAAUUCUAAAUUCAAGAAAAACUUUGCUGUCAUAUAUGGUGAUGAUAUUGGAACAUUCGGAUUUAGAUUAUAAAAGAUAAGUCAAGAAUAAUAUAAGUACUAAAUAUAAAAAUUAGCGAAUUUUACUAUCAGAGAGUUGAUCGAACAAAAUAAUGAAUAAUAUUAUGACUCUGAUGAUUUAUUACAAAAAAAUAAUGAAGAAACGUAAAUCCCUAAUCUCAGAAGUGGUGGAUAAAGUCAAGAAAUUUAUAUAGCUCUGGUUGAUAAAUAUGGUUAAAUAGUAGGAUCUGACUUUAAAAAUAAAGUUAGAAUUAACUUUGAUACAUCAAAUCUUUCUUCUUCAUAAAGCUUGUAUCCUCCUUUUAUUGAGGGACAAAGCAUAUAUGAAUUAUGGGGAGGAGUAGUAGUCAUAAAAGAUAUCAAUUUCACAGGUAAUCCUGGUUAAAGUUAUGAGUUAAUUUUGACUACUGAUGCUAUUGAUGAAUCUAAACUUUCUAUUCAAGAGUAAUUAAAAAAUUCAGGUAAUUCUAACUAUAAACUUGAAAUUGAAAUAUCCUUUAGAGGAUGUAUUGCUGGAGAGUAUUUCACUUCAGCGGGUAAAUGCGUGGAAUGCUAGAACAGUUAUUCAUUAGAGAUAAUGACUUCUCCAAAUAGGUGCAAACUUUGUCCUACUGGCUAAGCAAUUUGUCUUGGUGGAAACAUUAUUGGACCUAAGCCAGGAUAUUGGAGAGUGAGCAAUGAUUCUGAUAAAUUUGUUAGCUGUAUAUAUUAGAAAGCAUGCAUUGGAUUAAAUUAAUAAACUCAUAACUAUAUUGGAGAUUGUAAAGAGGGAUAUUAAGGAUUAUUAUGUGCAGAAUGCAUAUAAGGCUAUUCAAGAAAUUCAAAUCAUCAGUGUUUAAAAUGCCCAAAGGACUACGAUAAUGUCAUUAGAUUGAUAGCUAUUGUCAUUUUCAUUUCUCUUUUUGCUGCUUUGAUUGUCCGCUAAUCAAUAAUCGGAGUUUAAGAAGCAAAAAAUGUUACCAGUAUUUACCUCAGAAUAUUGCUAAAUCAUUUUUAACUAAUGAUUUUAACUUCAAGUUUCAAAUUCCAAUGGUCAGAAGAAAUAUAAAAUCUCUUUAGUAUUACAGAGAAUUUAGGUUAAAUAUCAACAUAACUUUUCAGUAUUGACUGCUUACUUGAUAAAAGAAGAAUAGGUUAAAUACCACAAGACUAAAUUUAAAUCUAUGACAGAUUAUACUUCCAAAAAUUGAUGCUGAUUACUAUGGUCCCUUUGCUAAUAUUCGGGGCCUGCUAUUCAUUUUGGAAAAUUUAUCAGUCAGUUUCAAAAAAGAGUAGUUAUUUGAACGUGAAAAUAAAGAUGAGCAUAGUUAUUCUAUUGUUUUUAGUUCAUCCAACCUUGGUCAGAUAUUCUUUGUCACAUUAUAGAUGCUUGCAAAUUGGGGAUUAAUCUAAACUAUAUGAUGAUCUAAAUGUGGAAUGUGGAGACAUGAUGCAUAAUUUAGUUGGUUAUUUAAUAUGUAUGCCAAACAUUGUCAUUUGGGGCAUAGGAAUUCCACUAGGCUACAGAUUAUUUUACUAUUACUGGGAAGUGGUUAUUAUGUAUAGAAAGAUCAUUAUUCUAUUUGUUUCUAUUUUCGUAAGCAACUAUGGGAUUACUGUAUAAGCACUUUUGAUGCUAUUCGUUCUAAUAUUAAAAUUAUAUGAUAAAAUAAUGAUCAAACAGAAGCAAGAUAUAGAAAAUAUGAUUUGGUGCGAGCAGUUAGAAAAUAAUAUUGAUUAAAUUAAGCAUGCUUUUAAACAAGAAAAAUUGAAAAUAAACAAAUUGAAAUUGGAGAAGUUAAUGCUUAGAAUAAAUGAGGAAGCAAUCAAUCAUAUAGUUAACAAAGCUUAAAUAAUAUAAAAAUAAAAAUCUGAAUAAAUUGGGAAGAAUAUCAGAAGCAAAAGGCAAAUUUUAAAUAUCAGAUCUCAAAGAAAUCGCAAUAGAUUCGAGGGAAAAUUAGACGAAAUUUAUCAAACAUACAGAAAAGAGUUUAGUUCAAUGACUUUAUAACAGUUAACAGUGAUACCAUCAAUUGAAUCAUCAAUAGAUCUAAUGCAGGGAAGAACGAAAUUAAACUGGUAAGGCUAAAGAAACACAGAUCUUCUAGAAAUUGAUCCAUUAUUGUUUUAAGAUGUCUAAAAGUCAAAUAUUCGCAGGAAAAAUAUAACCAAAUAGUCGUCCCUUAUUUUGAGUAAGCAGACUAUAGCCACUGAUAUAUCAUUUAACUAGUCGAAUUCAGUAACUAAGAGUCCAAAAAGUCUGCAUGAAAGAAUAAUGAAAAAUAAAGUAAUGAAGUCGAAUCAAUCAUUGAAGAAAAAUAGUAAGACAGACCAAAAUAUAAAUAAAUUAUCCACUCAAAAAAGUGUUAGGUUCGCUUAAGUUUAGAAAAAAAGUGAAACAAUGAAUAGAUUAAGUUAAAAUAAGCCACAAUUACCCAAGUUUGAAUUUUAUGACAGGAAAUACAUUAAAAUAGGACUAAAUUAAGAUUAAAACAGGAUAUAGAGUAGUUCUUAUGUUGAUGAAGAGACCAGCAAACAAAUAGAAUAAAUUAUCAUAAAUCAAAAUUAAUAAUAAGACCAAAGUAAUGAUAUGAUAAUGAUAAAGUCUGAUUAAAAAGCAAAUCAUACGUGGAAGAAGCAAUCGACAUUUAAGAGUCAGGAAAACUAUCCUAGAGAUUAAUGGUUGAAUAAUAAGAAAAUAUUUAGUAAGGUUUAAAUGAUUGAUUUUGGAAACGAUAAUAAAGAUAAUGAUAACCUAAACUAGGAUAAAAAAGAAAGUGGAUUAUUAAGAUUAGAGUCUAUCUAAGAUGAUUUUUGA